AUGCACAUCCGAUCGGUGAACAUAUCGCUGGAUGAUCGCGACAAAGAAAUGGACCAUGACAAAUACAUGAAGAACUUCUAUAAUGAAAGUGUCGAUGAGAAGCGAAGGCCGAGUUUUAAGCAAAGAAAAGCCAUGAAUCAGGUGCAAUUCGACGAGCUCUAUGAUUACUCGAAGCCGGACGGCGAGAAUCAGAUGAAGAGGAAUUUCAAAAAAUUUCUGAGACACUACUACGAUCCGUUCACCAGUCUGUCGGCGUUCAAGACGUUCGUUCUCGGCGUGCUGCCGAUCAUUGACUGGCUUCCCAAAUAUGAUUGGAAGCGCGAUCUUGCGGCCGAUGUGAUCGGCGGCUUCACCGUCGGCGUGAUGCAUGUGCCGCAGGGCAUCGCCUAUGCGAUUCUCGCCAAACAGCCGCCGAUCAAUGGCCUCUACACAUCACUAUUCGGGCCAAUGAUCUAUAUGCUGUUCGGAACAUCGAGACAUUCAAGCCUGGGAACAUUCGCUGUCGUUUCCCUGAUGACGUCAAUAGCUGUGGACAAGGUUCUGGAUGGUGGCGAGCAGGUGACGGCGACAGCGUCGGAAGUUGCCUGCACACUUUGCUUAACUAUUGGAUUGAUCCUGCUGGUGAUGGCCCUUCUACGCCUCCAAUUCCUAACCACCUACAUGUCGGAUCAAGUGAUCGCCGGCUUCACGACCGGCGCCUCGGUUCACGUGCUCGUCUCCCAAUUGAGCGGCCUUCUCGGCAUUCGCGGAUUGCCGAAGCGCAAUGGAGCGUUCUAUCUGUUCAUGAAUCUCGUCGACAUCGCCACCAACAUCGAUCGCGCCAAUUUCUGGUGUUGCGCAAUUUCGAUUGCCGCCAUUGUCGUGUUGCACGUUGGCAAAGAGUACCUGAAUCCGAUGUUCAAGAAGGCCACGAAUUGCAAUGUGCCGUUGCCGUUCGAAUUGCUCGUGGUGAUUCUCUCCACAAUUUUCGUCUACGCCACCCAAAUCCAUAUCACCGACAACAUCAAAGUGGUAUCGCAAAUUCCCACCGACAUUCCCAACGUCUCUCUGCCCAACUUCAAUCUGAUCCCAACGAUUCUACCGGAAGCGAUUAGUAUCACGAUCGUCUCGGUCGCCGUGCAUUUGUCGAUCUCGAAAAUGCUCGCGAAAAAGUUGUCGUAUGAGUUGGACGCCGGCCAGGAGCUCUUCGCCAACAGUUUCGCCAGCAUCGGCUCAUGCUUCUUUCCCGUCUUCCCGUUCUCAUGCUCGCUGAGCCGCACCCUGGUGGCGGUUGGCGCCGGCGUCGUCACCCAACUCUCAAUUCUAUUCUCAUCGAUUCUCGUGUUGGCGGUGAUGCUCUACUUCGGUCAAUUCCUCGAGACCCUACCAAUGUGCGCUCUCGCCGCCAUCAUCGUGUUCAAUCUUCAAGGGAUGCUCAAGAAGCUCAUCGAUCUUCGCGAUCUUUGGCGAGUCGCCAAAAUCGAUUUUAGCAUUUGGAUUGUCUCAUUUGCUUCCACCGUCAUCAUCGACGUCUCCGAAGGCCUCAUCAUCUCGGUCGGCUUCGCCCUAUUCACCACCGUUCUACGCGAGCAAUACCCAAAAUGGCAUUUGUUGGCAAGUGUCCAAGGCACGCCGGAUUUCCGCGACGCCGAACGAUAUGGCGAGACCGUCUAUUACAAGGGCAUCUGUUUGUUUCGAUUCGACGCCCCACUGCUAUUCCAUAAUGUUGAAUGCUUCAAAAAAGCCGUCGACAAAGCCUAUUUUGAGUGGCAAAAAUCGCACGAGUUCUACGUUCUUCGCGAAGAGCGCGGUGUCAUUCUGAAGCCGACGAUGGAGGAGAUCUCGGACGACGGCAAAGAGUGCGCGAUUAAGGACAAUCAAUCAAUUCCCAAAGAAGAGAUGUUGUCGCGGCAUUUUAUCGUCGACUGCUCCGGAUUCACUUUUAUCGAUUUGAUGGGCGUCAGCGCGUUGAAAGAGGUGAACGCAUUUAAAACCUUAGAUUUGACAUCGAAUUUCAAGACAUGCGCUAACCAAAAAAAAUUGCAGGUUUUCUCAGACAUGAGAAAACGCGGAAUUCUGGUGUAUUUUGCGAACGCCAAAGCGCCGGUUCGCGAGCUGUUCGAGAAGUGCAACUUCUACCAAUUCGUUCCGAAGACCAACUUCUAUCCGACGAUGCGAGACGCCACAUCGAUAGCGAGAGAGCGCCAACUUGAACUCGGCUUCAAAGAUACCGAUUAUGUGCCGGAGCAUGACCGGCUCACCGAGGUGUUGAGCUCACAUCCAAUGUGA